AUUUUCAGUUAUAAAAUAAGUCAUAGGGAUGUAAUGUAUAGCAUAGGAAAUAUAGUCAAUAAUAUUUAAAUUUAAAAAAUUAAAAUGACAUUAGGCAAGAUCUAAAGAAAUAAAUGAAGUAUGGACUUCAGUUAACAUCUAAUAAUCUAUUGUAUCAUUAAUUAUAGCAAAUGUCAUACUAAUAUGUUUUUAAUAGGGGAAAUUUGGUAUGAUAUAUAUGAGAAUUCCCUCUAUUAUUUCUGAAACUUUUCUGUAAAUCUAAUACUAUUCUAAAAGAUAGUUUAUUCAAAAAAGGGAAAAUAUAUAUUCAAGGGUUAUUAAUAAAAUUAAAAUAUUUUACUGCUUACUAUGGAUAUAAAUAACCUUUCAGUGCAUGCUUCAAUGAACUUCAGUUUAAAAAUGAAUGUUUUUACUUUAAAAGUCUAUCAAAUCAAGUAAAUAAAAUUAAAUAGAAUAAUUAGGAAAUCUAAAAAAAAUAAAAUCUUGAUUAAUCCAGUCAUUACAUUGAGCUAGAAAGCAAUGACUUUUGUCAUGAAUGAAACAAAUUUUGUGGUGAUACAAGAGAUUUAAAUUAGCCUAAUGUACUUUUCACUGUUGAGUAGAUAUUUAAAAAAAAAAAACAUUAAGUUUGCAACUAUUUCCUACAUCCCUAAGAGAACAUACACAUUUCUUACUAGAUGCACUCUAUAUUUCUUUAUGACUCCCAACAGUUUUUUUAAAAAACUGUCUUUCACUUAUGGAAAGCUGUUAUUCAUAAGUAAAAAGUCUCUUCAGACUACAUCUAAAACUUUGUAAGGAAAUGAUGUAAGCAGUGACUAGAAUUAUGACAUAGUGAACAUUCCUUUGCAUCAUCGUUACCACAGAGAUGUAGAACCACAGCAGUACACUUCAUUUGCAGGGUUUGCCUAGCUCCAAGAGGUUCCCUCUUGAGUAUCCUCUUCUCCAUCUUCAAAAAAGUCAUUAUUUUCUUUCUGAUUUUUGUCCAAGUGUUUAUGGAAUCAAGGAUCUGGACUAGCAGACCAUAUCUCGUCACUUGGUGCCAUCUACACAUGAAGUAUUUAAACCUGAAAAGUAUUUUAACAGUUUGGGUUUGAAGCUUUAGAUUAUGUUUAAGAUAUUUUGGUUUUAGUAUCUGAAAGAGUUAAGGUAGAUAUCUAUGUUAACAUUAUAAAAGCAUCUAGUUAAUUCUUACAGCCUCCUAAGCAAUAUGCAAUCUUAUUUAGCAGGUAACAUCAUAGAUUAGAAAUUAAUUUAAUUUAAUCUGAGUGGAUCAAAUGACCAGUGACUUGUUUAAACCAUUCUUCACACUGUGAAAUGAAGCUAUCUUUGUCUUUAUGAGUAUAGAGUGAACAAGUUAAAACUCUUGACUCCAAAUUUUAUGUUUGUUAAUUUAUGAAAACCGAUGAUUAUUUUGAAAUAUGUAAAGCAAUUUCAUUUAAGUAAACAUUUCUAGAGAGAAAAAGUAUUUAUGAUGGCUUUUUUCUCAGGAAUAUUAUAUCAGGUUUUGUCUUUUAAAAAUCACUACUUUGACUUCAUUUGAUUAAUCUAAGAAUUCAUUUUCUUUUUAGAAACAUAAUUUAUUGUGAAAGCCAAUCUUUUUAGACAUGACUGAACAUGGGCUUACACCUACUCUUACUGAAAUAACUCCUAUAGCUCCAGUUAUCAGUGGGAAUCCCAUGUAUCAGGUAAGGGUAGAUUUGUUUUGUAUUUUUUUCUAUCAUAACUGGUCAGAUUUUUCUUAAAUUCAGUAUUAGCUUUUAUUUAGAAAAACUGUCACAUUUUAUGAUUGGUCACUUAGUUUAGAAGUUUUAUCUUUUCACCAACAUCAAUUUAUCUUCCUUGUAUGCCUUUUAAACUUGCUUGAGACAUUUAACAUUAGCUUAGGCUACAAAGAACCUCCUUUUGUGUUGACUUAGCUGCUUUUUCAGCCUCCCUUGAUUGACUCAAAAGUCUUGGUGUUGUAUCUUAAAGUUUAUACUACCCCCAGUUUCUUCUGAUGAAUGGUUUUAAAACUUUAGUCUGCUCUAAUGCAGACUAAAGUUUUUUCAUAUUCAUUCAUAGAUGUGAGUUCAAAUUUCUAAUAUUUAAAAGUAUCAUUCUGAGUAGCAAUGACUUCUACUUAUAGGAUUGGUCUCAAGAAAGAAAUAGAGUGUAGUUUAGAUUUAGUGUUUACACAUUUAAAAUAAGCUAUUCAAGAAAAUUUUUAUCUACAUAUGUAAUGUGAAAAAGUCACUUGACUUUUCUUUGGAGCUUAAAAACGAGCAAAUACUGUGCUUCUAGCUUAUAAUUUUGUUUGGCAUUAUGUCAAAAGGAACUGAGAUAAAAUGACCUUAUUGAAAUUAAAAAUGUUUUUUUUUUCCUAGAUGGAAAAUUAUCAUCUGAACACCACUGUUGGAACACAGUAUACUACUAAUUAUUCACAAAUGAUGACUCAUCCCAAGAGAUAUACCAGAUGGAAUUCUUGUCCUCAAUACUGGAUACAACAAAUUAUAUUGGUGCAAGUUAACCCUGGGGAGACCCUCACCAUCAAGUCUGAUGAUGGGAACAUUCAAAAUAUUCAAGGACCUGCAGAUGUACCUCUGAUGUCACCAAGUGGCACUUUGCCCCCAAUAUACCUUCCUCCUGGUUACAUGUCUCAGGUAGUAGAAGAAAAUGGGAUUCGCAAAAUUAUUGUUGUGCCUCAAACAAUUGACUACUACACAACCAUGCCUGCUACUAUACCGCAAAUAUCAUACUUCAUCACACCAGCUUCACCUAUGUAUCCACAAGCCCCUCAACUGAUGUAUCCCCCAGCUCAAGGGGAAUUUCCACCACCUUACAUCCAAGAGCCUGUGCCAGAGCAGCUGCUGCCACCACCACCACCACUACCACCACCACCACCACUGCCACCACCAGCAGCAACAUUUAUAUACCCUGAGCAUCAUGAAACCUAUUCCCAUGGAAGAACAAAUUAUAACCAAUUUGAUGAAAGGGCUACUAAAAUAGGAGAACAUAUGAAGAAAAAACUGAGAGAACUCCAAGUUGGUGGACAUAGGAAUAGCUAUAUGGUUAACAACACUUCUUUGCUUGUGAACAAAACUAAUGAUAUUUCCAGUAUCCCUGAUACUCCAAGUACCUACACUGUGGACAGUGCUCCAGGUACCUACAGUGUGGACAAUGCUCCAGGUACCUACACUGUGGACAGUGGUCCAGGUACCUACACUGUGGACAAUGCUCCAACCUACACUGUGGACAAUGCUCCAAGUACCUACACUAUGGACAAUGUACUCCAACAACCUACACUGUGGACAAUGCUCCAAGUACCUACACUUACCUACACUGUAGACAAUGCUCCAACCACCUACACUGUGGACAAUACUCCAACAACCUACACUGUGGACAAUGCUCCAAGUACCUACACUGUAGACAAUGCUCCAACCACCUACACUGUGGACAAUACUCCAACAACCUACACUGUGGACAAUGCUCCAAGUACCUACACUGUAGACAAUGCUCCAACCACCUACACUGUGGACAAUACUCCAACAACCUACACUGUGGACAAUGCUCCAAGUACCUACACUGUAGACAAUGCUCCAACCACCUACACUGUGGACAAUACUCCAACAACCUACACUGUGGACAAUGCUCCAAGUACCUACACUGUAGACAAUGCUCCAACCACCUACACUGUGGACAAUACUCCAACAACCUACACUGUGGACAAUGCUCCAAGUACCUACACUGUAGACAAUGCUCCAACCACCUACACUGUGGACAAUGCUCCAACAACCUACACUGUGGACAAUGCUCCAAGUACCUACACUGUGGACAAUGCUCCAAGUACCUGCACUGUGAAUAAUGCUCCAAGUACCUACACUGUGAACAAUGAUCUGAACAUUCACACUGCUGACAAUACGUCCAGUACUUACACUGUUGACAACCCUCCAAGCACUUACAUCACUGAUAAUACGCCCAGCAAUUCUUCCACUGACCAUGUUCCUAGUACCACUACAGACACUGCUGUGCACCCUUCCACCAUUGAUAGUGUCCUGAGCCUUUCUAGCAUGAAUUAUGCCAAGACUUCCACUUCCGACAGUACUCUAAGCUCUUCCACUUCUGACAAUGUUCCCAACACUCCCAUCUCUGAAAGUGUUCCCAACACUUCUGCAACUGAUGAUGCUCUCAGUACUUCCCAUGCUGCUAGCACUUCCAAUACUGUCAAUGUUCAUGUUGAGAUUAGUCAUAGAAAGAAACAGAAGGCUAGAAGAAAUGGAGAUAUCAAGCAAAAACCAAGUGGAAAACAAAGCAAGAGCCCAUCAUCAAAUGAAGCAGAAAAAGAUACAACUUAUUUUGUUUUUGCCAAUGUAAUAUUUUGUUUGGGGUGCUUUUUUCUUUUACUUUUAGAAUGCAGAACAGAACAUGGAAAGUCAUGCUGUUUCAGCAUCAAGAAACCUGUAGUUUCCGAUAUUCAAACAAGAUCUGCUGUUAUUUCAUGGGAACUGCAUGGCUCUGAGAAAUGUGAUCAUACUAAAUCUCCUGUAACAUUUGAAUUGGCACUAUCCAAGAGCAGUAAAAAUGGAAAAUAUAAAAAUGUGUACACUGGUGAUGGACUUACAUUUACUCUACUUGAGCUACAACCAUCCAUGGCCUAUUUUGUAAGAAUUACAGCCAUAAGAGGCUCAGCACACAAAACCGUGUCUGAAGUGGUUAGCUUCACAACUCCAGGUUGCGAACCAGACCCUCCACUUGCACCCAAACUGAUUAACCGAUCCAAGAGCAGCCUGAAUUUACAGUGGAAAGGUUCCAAUGAUAAUGGUUCCAAAAUAAAUGGCUUCCUUUUGGAAUGGGAUGAGGGCAAAGGUGAAGACUUCAAAAGUUGCUAUACUGGUACCAUGAAACAGCAUAAGAUCCUUAAACUGAAUGCUUCUACAAAAUAUUCAUUCAGAUUAGCUGCCAAAAAUAACUUUGGCUUGAGUGAUUUCAGUGAAAUAGUAGUCUUCUAUACAUCAGGAACUAUGCCUCCAACUCCUUUGCCACCUAAGCUAAAAGAAGCAGGAAUCUGUACUUUGUCACUAGAGUGGUGUGCCCCAACUAACACAAACCUAAAUGAUAGCCUUACUUAUGUACUAGAAAUGGAAGAAGCAGGAUCUGGACUUGCUCGGGACCACCCAGAUGGAAAAUAAGUUAAUAUUUCAUGCACUAUAAAAAAUCUUCGGAGAAGUACUACAUACAAGUUCAGGAUCUUUGCCUACAAUAUGGAGGGAAGGAGUAACCCCAGUGGAGAAGUAAAAUAUACUACCUGUCCAGAUAACCCUGGACCCCCUAAAAAACCAUAUAUAAAGGGAAAGAUCCAUGCACACAGAGUAAAAAUUGGAUGGGAACCACCCAAAGAUAAUGGUGGAACAUAUAUUUCAAGUUACAGUUUAGAAGUUAAUGAAAAUUUGGAUGUAAAUUUCUGGAACAUAAUCUACAAUGGAACCAUGAGGGAAUUUCUAUAUGAUCACCUGCAACCUGGUACUACAUAUAAACUGAGAGUCUUUUGCACUUCGCCCAUAGGCCAAAGCCAGCCUUCAGAUACAUUGACUAUUCAAACACCUACCCUCUCUCCUUCAUCUUGCUGUCCUCCACCAUCGAAUGGUAAAGCCAAGUCCAAAGAAAACAGCAUCCAAUGUGACAAUCCUCCUCUUAAUAGAAGCUCUGAAGCACUUACAUAUGCCAAAAAGGCAAAAGAGAACCAAGAUGACACACAAGAGAACUCUGGCUCUGAAGCAAGAUGCACAUUUGGAUCUCAUUCAACGAGCUGUGAAACUAUGCCAGGCCCAAGCCCUCCUUCUCAAUGUGGUACACCUGUGCUUACCUGCAAAGGUUCAACCUGUGUUGUUAUUAGUUGGGGAAUUCCUGUAUGUAAUGGUGCUGAAAUCAUUGAUUACAGACUAGAAUGGGGACAAACUGAAGAAUCAAUGCACUUGAUUUACACUGGCCCUUGUCUGAGCUAUGAAGUUAAAAGUCUCAUUCCUGCAACUACGUAUUUUUGCAGAGUUCAGGCUGUAAAUAUAGUUGGAGUUGGAAUGUUUGGAGGAACUGGCACAGUAACCACACCAGCAAGUGUACCAGCAGUAGUACCAAUGCUACAUGAAGUUCAAAACAAAGUUCCUGCCAAACUGGCAUCAUCAUGCAUUGCUAUUCAAUGGGAGGAACCAAAUUGCCAUGGCUCUCCAAUCACCGGAUAUAACAUUCAAUAUGGAGACAGAAAAAUUCUGACUGUUGAUAGAGUAACAGAGUGUCUUCUGAAAAAUCUACACCCUGAUACCAUAUACAAAAUCAGAAUUCAAGCUAUCAAUCAUUAUGGACUAAGCCCUUUUAGCCAAUCAAUAAGAACCAAAACCAAGCCACUACCACCUGAGCCUCCACGUCUUGACUGUGUAGUCUUUGGACACCAAAGCCUGAAACUGAAGUGGGGUAACUCUUCAAGCAAAGGGUCACUUUCCAGCGUUAUAAGCUAUAAUCUGUUAAUGGGAGCCCGAUCUGGCAGAUUUUCUAUCAUUUACCAUGGACCUUGUCAGAUUCACAAAGUGCAAAGAUUGAGUGAAUAUACUCAAUACAAAUUUAAAAUCCAGGCAUGUAAUGAAGCUGGUGACGGACCACUGUCUAGUAUCUAUACUUUCACUACAACCAAAACCCCACCGGCCACACUUAAAGCACCUAAAUUACAUCAGUUGAAUAGCAGUGUUUGUGAGGUCAAAUGGGAGUCUUUGGAGCCAAUAAAAGGAGAUCCCAUUGUUUACAAUCUUCAACUCAUCAGUGAAAAAGGAACUGAUAUGAUUUACAAAGGACCAGAUACCUCAUUCUCCUUUUCCAACUUUCUCUCAAAUUCACAUUAUCGCUUCAAGGUCUGCGCUGGACGCCAAUACCAGAAUUCUGCUGGGUUACAAGAGAUCUGGGGACGAUAUAGCCCCAGGGCUUUUUUCUCAACCUAUAAGCAUCAGCCAGGGACUGGCAAAAGCGGUACAGGAAAGGGGGGAAGCCACCCUACUGAAGAUAAACGUGAAAAGCUCAGGAUAGAGAUGAGCGAUGAUACAUUUAUUCUAAUCCUCAUGAUAGGAUUUGCGCUAGUUGCCAUUCUUUGUGCUGUCACAAUUCAAUACUUCCUAAUCAACUAA